AUGUAUGUGAAACGCUUUGAUACAGUAAUGCUUUACUAUGUGAUUUUAGUGAAUGGCACUUUUUGUCAUUUUCAAAUUUCCCGCCUUUCCGUCCCUGUACAUCCUGACGUCGCAGGGAACGGAACCCAGAAGACAGAUGCUGGCAUCUGCCAGAGGACAUUGCCGGGGGACACUGCAGGAGGGACAUCACAGGAGCGCAGGGUAGAGAGAAGAACAGAUCCCGGAGAAGAGCCGCAUGGUAAGCCCGAGUGUAGCUCGGGGUUACCGCUUGUGAUACACUCGGAAAUACCGCCAGGGAGGUUA